AGUGGUACCAUGAAAGUUGUAAACAUAAAAUUUCCCCAUGAAAAUUGGUGUGAUUAUGUUUUAAUAAGAUAGAUAGUUUUUUUUAGAAUUUGUGUAGUUUAAAUUGUUUUGAUAUUAAAAACAUCUCUAACUCAUCUUUAUAAUUUUCUCUAUAUUAGAUGAACUCUAAAAUAUAAUCAUUUUCUUUUGUGCCAAUGUGGUUUUCUAUGAUAUAAUAUUGCUAUAUUUUCCCCUAUUAUACAGCAAGACAUUUGAAUAAGAAACAUCUGUAUUUUAGAAUUGCUUUGUUAUAGAGAAAAAAGUAGAAAUUGGUUGGAGAUAGGCUAAAGAAACACAAAAUCCUCAUGUCAUAACGUUAGCAAAUAUCUAAAUUUGAUCUGUCAAAUCAUGAUCAUCAUUUUCAAGAUUAUAUAUUAUUGUAAAACCGGGUCACAUAAGCUUUUGACUUCAAGGCAGUUUCCAUGCAUUUUCACAAAAUUUUCAUGUAGAAGCAACAUAAUAUAAAAAUAAUAUUCUAUAGACCUUCAAAUAUAUUCUCAAUUCCUGUGAUGCCUAUUUAUAUAUGUGUUUCUCUUCUAGUCAGUCAUUCAUCGACCAAACUGUGAUAAGUCUAAUAAGGUCUCACGCUACAACGUAAAAAUGACGACGGUGAAUAACUUUUCUCUAUAUCCAUUUUCAUGGGUACUCGUACAUGCACACAUUUACUGAAUAUAUUUUUGUGUACGCAGGUAGUGGAAAUGGAUGUGCCUAUGGACUGUCCUGGUUGCGAGAGAAAAGUUAGGAAGGCUCUUGAAAGCAUUAAGGGAGUCCAUGAUGUUCAGAUAGAUAUGAAUCAGCAGAAAGUAACGGUGACUGGUUCGGCGGAGCAGAAGAAGGUUCUUAAAGUUGCAAGGAGUAUUACAGGAAGAGAGGUAUGCUUAUGGUCGUGCCCUUACCACCCCGAAUCUAAUGGAUUUAACGACAAGUACUACAAGAAGAAGUUCCGCAAGAGAAUCAUCAUGUCAAAAAAUGGUGAGAAAGUGAGUUCUUAUAACUAUUAUAUGCAUGGAUACCACGGACACGACCAUGGUUACCAUCAGGAACGGCCUUAUUCUGGUCUUAUCGACGAGAACGCUACUUCAAUGUUCAGUGAGGAAAACCCUCAUUUCUGUAACAUCAUGUGAUCGAUCUCCAUUUCAACGGCUACUAUGCAUGGAACAACUUUAGUUUGGUUAUGCUCCUUCCUUUGUAAAUAAACACGCAACCUAGUCGAAACCAAAUAUGAGUCCUCGUCCUCAGCUCAGUUGGAUUUGAUCCAGUCUCGAUCAAAAUGUUUAUGUAAUAAAUGGGUUUGGUUUAAAUUUAGUAAGAUCAAAUAAAGCUUGGUAGUUAUCAUCGCAUGUAUAAUGUAUA